GUUUACAUGUGCGUGCUGUGUUGACGUGGAAGAGACACCGAAGAAAGAUGGCGGCGCCCACUGCAGAGCAGCAAGACGGCCCAAGUGAUGAAUCUGAUCUACAAAGCCCUAUAUCGACAAAUGAUGAAGACUCCGAAACAGGAUCGGGGGAUGGAGCACUCCCCGACUACGUUGUCGACUUGAUAGAGAAAGAAAUCGGAGGGGAUCUGAAGUCGCUGAAGAAAGUCAGCGCACUCCUGGAGAAACUGACAGCGGAAAACAAGUUGCUGGAGGAGCAGGUAGCUAGCAAGCUAGCUAGUGCGUUGUUAACUUUGUUGCGCACUCAAAUCAGCUUUCAAUGCUGUAUCAAUUAUUGAAUGAAAAUAAUAGAAUAGUUAAUUAUGCGAAUAUUAUUCUACCCAUUGACAGCAGCUAGUUAAUGUAAGUAAUUUAAAAAAUGAUCUAUCCAGCUAGCUAACCUUUGAUAGCUAGUUUAAGGGCGUGCAUUUCCCUUGCUGACAGGUCUUCCUCCACCCACCUUCUCAGGUUUUGACGGUGUCCAGUUCGGUGCCGCUGCGGGUGUCAGUAGCACUGUCUGCAGCCGAGGAGUCCCGUGUGUCUCUGGAAGGUUUGCUCCAGCGGGAGAGGGUCCUGUCCAACACCCUGAUACAGCACCUGCAGGGCGCCCAGCCCUGGGCAGACAGCCUGGGACAGACCCUGGGACAGCUGGACAACACAGAGAGACACAUGAAAUACCUGCAGUGUCUGUCACGAAUUGAAGAACUCAGGUGAGCAGCAGUAUUAAUAUCUUCUUCUUCUUCUAGCGGUUGGACAAUAUAUUUUAUUCUUCUAGCAGUUGGACAAUAUAUUUUCUUCUUCUAGCAGUUGGACAAUAUAUUUGACAGUAUUCAAAGAUAGGAACCUGAUUGGAAUACACACAAACAAAAUGGUAUCUUACUGUAUGUUAACAUGUUCUGCUAACUGUCGCUCUCUCCUCCCACAGUGACAGCAUCCAGCAGUGUCUGAUGACCAACAGUAUAUGGGAGGCAGUGGGGGCGGUGGGCAGCAUGGCCAGUCUAGAUGUGGGCCUAAAGGAGUCUGGCUGCUCUCAUCUCCAGGCCUUCCUCAGAGAGACACUACGCUUCUGGCACAAGAUCAUUAAGGACAGACUGGCUGGGUAUGCAUGUACUGUAUGUAUGUACUGUAUGUAUGUACUGUAUGUACAGUAUGUAUGUACUGUAUGUAUGUAUGUAUGUAUGUACUGUAUGUAUGUAUGUAUGUAUGUAUGUAUGUAUGUAUGUAUGUAUGUAUGUAUGUAUGUACUGUAUGUACUGUACUGUAAUGUAUGUAUGUAUGUAUGUAUGUAUGUAUGUAUGUAUGUAUGUAUGUAUGUAUGUAUGUAAGGGUCAGACAGGGCAGGCACUGUGUUGUGUUAGCAUGCUGGGCCGGAGCAAAAGGACUGGAGAUGGAGAACUCUGUGUUAGUUAUUAGUAUCUCUAUUUAGAUCAGUGGUCAGCAACCCUGGUCCUGGAGAGCAACCGGCCAUGCAGGCCUUUGUUCCAGCCUAGCACUAACCCAUCUAAUUCAGUCUUCAUGAUUAGUUGACCAGGUGUAUUUGUGUUGUGCCGGAACAAGUAAGACACACCCUGUAGCUCUCCAGGACCGGGGUUGGUGAUUCACAGAUAUUAUGAUGAUCCAAAGUCAAGCUACCUCAGACCUGAAUGUUAUUUUUAACAACUCCUCCUCUGUCUGGCAGUGAUUUUGAGGAGUUGCUGACCCAGCUCCACUGGCCGUUCAUCUCUCCUCCCACCCAGUCUCUCUCCCCCCCUGCCAACGCUCAGGAGCUCCACAGCCAGCUGGAACUACUGGUGGCCCAGCUCCUGUCUCUGCAGACCUCGUAUCCUUCACCCUGAUAUAGUGUUAUCUGUGUCGGAGACAUACACACUAGCAUUAUCGUCUGUUAUACACACUGUUAUAUAUACACACUGUUAUAUAUACACACUGUUAUAUAUACACACUGUUAUAUACACACUGUUAUAUAUACACACUGUUAUAUAUACACACUGUUAUACACACUGUUAUACACACUGUUAUACACUAUUGUGGCGUAAACAGUGCAUUAUAUAAACUCUGCACACUUCUUCAUACACUAGCUUCAUACUUCAUACAUACCCAGUCACAGACAUACUGUUCCCCACACACUUCCUAAGACAUUGACUGAUAUUGAUAUUAUCGUUUUACAUUGAGACAUUGUACUGAGAUGAAUACCUGGCCAGUUUCUUUAACCUCUAUCUCAGUGAUGAUCUCAUUUCAGAGAAGCCGCCCUCUGUGUCCCGUGUAGGGUUGCCCCCGACGACACCCCUGUCUCUUCCCGUCCAGAUCAUGUUGCUUCCUCUGAGCAAGAGGUUUCGAUACCACUUCACUGGAAACCGUCAGACCAACUCACUCAACAAGGUUAGAGCAACACACACACACAGAGCAUGUCACACACACACAGACACACUAUGAUAAUAAUAAUAACCUCCCGUCUCUGUCUCCAUACAGCCAGAGUGGUUCCUGACCCAGGUCCUGAUGUGGAUGGGGAACAGCUCCAACUUCAUGGAGGAGAAGAUCCAGCCCAUUCUGGACAGAAAUGGAGCUAACGUCAACGCCAAGGUUAGAGGAUCAGCCACUAAAUGAUCAUCUAGAAUCCUGACUUUAUGUGCUAUUGAAGUAUUUGUUCAUCCCCAAGAUUCAAAGCAGUCUAAAGGCAAGCUGAGUCCAUUGCAGUCAACUGUCAAUCAUAGCAGCUCUUGAUAUCCACAGUCAUAUUAGAGGAUAUAAGCAUUUAUAUUAAUAUAAAUAUUAAAAGUAUGGUUCUAGCUAUCGAAGUAUCUCAUGUCAUCCCUCCCGUCCCCACCAGGUGGAGCUGUGUCGUGGUCUACUCACCCUGGCCCAGGAGAAGCUAGCGUCGGACGCUCCUCGGCUGCUCUACGACGACGCUCUCUUCUGCCACCUGGUGGAUGAGAUCCUGCAGUUCGAGAGGGAGCUGCGCAGCACCCACUCCUACCCCAGCACCCUGCCCGGAGCGCUGCAUGUACUGCUGGAGGAGGUCGUGCUGCAGAAGUGGCUCACUGUGGAGAGGAAGAGUGAGUGAGAGAGGCAGCAGUGGAGCGUCUCGCAUCGUUCCCUACUCCUUCCCCUUGGCCCUAACCCUCCAUUAUUUGCAGAUCUGAAGGGUCUGGAUAGGUAUAAGCAGUGUACUGGCAGAGCUUCCACCAUAUAGCUUCCACCUUACAGAUCUGCAAACAUUGAAGGGUUUGGGUGAUGUGAAAGGGGUAGGAAGCCAUUUAGGACUGACUAAGAGAUUGAUUUAUGUGGGAUUUUAGUUAUCUGUUAGACUUAUUUUAUGUCAGUGUAUCUGAUUGACUGAAUGUGUGAUGUGUGCUCAUCCCAACUGUCUGUCUCCCUGUAGUGGCGCUAGAGAAGGUGGAUGCCAUGCUGUCUGCUGAGGGGGCGUGGAGCUCCCAGUACAGAGACAUCAGUGACAUGGACGAACUCAAGGCUCCAGACUGCGCUGAGACCUUCAUGACCUUACUGUUGGUCAUCACUGGUAGGAUUAUUAACUACUUUAUCACUUCAUCUCUCUCUCUCUCUCUUUCUCUUUCUCUUUCUCUUUCUCUUUCUCUUCUCUCUCUCUCCCUCAAUCAGUUUUUCUCCCCCUCCCAGACCGCUACCGUGCCCUCCCCUGCCCUCGUGCCCAGCUGCGUUUCCUGGCGCUACAGAGAGAGCUGGUGGACGACUUCCGUAUCCGCCUCACCCAGGUCAUGAAGGAAGAGUCUCGCAACCCGCUGGGCGCUAGAUACUGUGCCAUCCUCAACGCUGCCAACUACAUCUCCACCGUGCUGGGGGACUGGGGAGAUAAUGUGGUACGUGGCCCCUCGGAGUCAUCACACUGUUGCUGUACUUCUCCACAUACUGUCUCUCUGUCUGUCUCCGUCUGCCUGUCUGUCUCUGUCUGCCUGUCUGCUUGUGUCUGCCUGUCUGUCUGCCUGUCUGUCUUUGUCUGCCUGCUGUCUGCUUGUCCCUGUCUGUCUGUCCCUGUCUGUCUGACUGUCUGUACAUUUGUUGUCAGUUCAGAAGUAGUAUGCACAUCCAACAAUUCUCCAGGUUAAGGGUACAGAAAAUGCCACAUAUGAACACCUUCACACUAGGGUAUGCUCCCUCCUUUUACCGCAGUGCUCCAGAGGUCUUCUUCAAGGCUGUUCAAUUUUAUUUGCUCUCCACCCUCCUCCUCUCUUCUUCCUCAGUUCUUCCUGCAGCUGCAGCAGUCAGCUGUGGCCCUGGGGGAGGAGGAGUUGUUGGGGCCGCUGGGGGUGACGGAGUCCGGCCGUCUGGCCUCUCUGGAGGGGUCUCUGUUUGAGGGGCUCCUGGGGCUGCUGGAGAGGCUGAGAGGAGACAUGCUGGGCAGGCUACUAGAGGCUGUCAUGAGGGACGUACGGGAGAAGGCCCAGUCCUACUGCAGAGACAGGUCAGUGGAGACACUCUUCACUUAGAGGAAGGGCUCUUUCUAUUGAAUCUAGAUCCUCUCAAGGUGUACUCCUAUCUGUGGAGUUAGCCACACACUGUCGCCUUGCUUUGCUUGGUGUUUAGCCCCAGGCUGAUUGUACGCACUUUGUGACAAAUGUUUUUGUCCUGUAACAAGCCUGGACAGUAGGAAUAAAAUGGGAUUCCUUGAAAGAAUCUGGUAGAGCUCAGAUCAUCACCUACAGCCACCAUAUACACAAUUGAACAACAAAGUGUUGGAGUCAACAAAAUAUUAACUCGAAUGGCACUAACGUGUAUCCUUCUCCUCCCAGGUGGCUGUCCCUGCCGUCCCAGUGUGACCAGGCCACCAUGUCCCUGUCCAGCUCAGCCUGUCCUCUCAUGCUGUGUCUCAGGGACCACCUGCUCCAGCUGCAGCGGAUGCUGUGUCAGCCUCUCUUCCAGAUGGGCUGGCAGGGCCUGUCUGAGAGGCUGGACCUCUUCCUCUACCAGGAUGUGAGUCACACUGCGGGCCUGCUCCAAUAGGAAUUAAUGAGAUGGUUGAGUUAAUGAAAUAUUUGAACUUUUAGUUAUUUCGCAGACGCUAUUGUCUGGAGUGACUUAAAAGAAGCCAAUUAGAUUGUCACACAUCAUUAGACACAUAUGUUCUCAAAUACAUGAAAACUACAAUGGCUACUGACUAAUUCUAAUGAUAAAACACAGACAUAAGAAAUAGGAUGAAGCAAUAGAGAUUUUUGUUGGUUAUCACAUCUCUAUUAACUUAUGGACCUGCUACCCGUCUCCCUCAGCUGAUUCUGUAUAACCACUUCAACGAAGGUGGUGCGGCCCAGCUCCAAUUUGACAUGACCAGAAACCUCUUCCCUCUGUUCGGACACUACUGCAAGAGGCCUGAGAACUUCUUCAAACAGUGAGUGGCCAUUACACACGGGCAAUUCUGCUGAUAAAAUCACCUGAAAACCUUGUCCACUGUACCAUAACCUUUAAAAGAGACCUACAGUUUGUUUGUAGUUCCUUAGGCUAUUAAAUGUCCUGCACAGAGGAUGAAUUCCUUAUCAAAUCAUUUUUGUGUAAAUAUUAAGUUAUCAAAUGGCCAGAUACUAACUGUACUGAUCAUGUCUCCCUCCCUCAGUGUGAAGGAGGCCUGCGUCAUCCUGUCUCUGAACGUGGGCUCAGCUCUUCUUCUACGAGACGUCCUGAGGCAGGCUGAGGAAGACGAGGAGGAACCAGGGACCCCGGAGGGCCAGCAGCCCAGCCCUGUGUCAGCCCUCAACGAGCUGGGGGUCUACCGCCUGGCCCCCUGCGACGUCCUCAUCCUGCUCAACCUCAGGGCCUCCUGGCCGGGACAGUGAGGGGAGAUGGGAGGAAAAACAGUAGCCUGGUCCCAGA